GUCUCUUAGCUCCCUCUCUUUGUCCAAACGGGGAAGAGAAACGAUGGAACCGCUUUACCACGCUGGGUCCAUCCUCAUGAAGGUGAACACCUUACAAGGGAAGAAGAUGGUGGAGCGCGGCCUCCAGUCCGGAGACUUUUCCCUCCCUCAGUCCUGGUCUUCCUGCCUCCUGCCGCCGGCUGACCUGGACAGCCUGCAGCAGAAGGUGGCCGGGGUACAACGGGAGCUGGAGGACUUUAAGAAGGAGGCACUGAAGGCCAUCCACUACCUGGAGGACGCCUUCUGCGAGAUGAACGGGGAGCUGGCGCAGCAAGGGGAGCAGGCGGCCCGCGUGAAGCAGCGGCUGAGGGAGGAGGAGGACCGGGGCGUGGUGCGCAAUAAGGUCCUCACCUUCCUGCUGCCCCGCGAGAAGCAGCUCCGGGAGCACUGCAAGCGGCUGGAGCGCAUGCUGCUGGGCUCGGGCCGGGACGCGCUCGGUGCCCCCAGGAAGAUCCAGGCAAACUGAGGCCUCCUCCCGCGCAAGCCCAGCUUCCCGCCGAGCAGCGAGUAGAAGACGGUUUUUUUUAAAUGGAAGGACCAACCCUAAGUCCCUGUACAUUUGCUCCCCCUUCCCCAUGUCCACUGCUUUCCUUCUACCUCAAUAACACCUUGCCGAGAGGCGAAAAGGCCCCAGUAUGUUCUUGGGGUGAAGCUCCGUUUGGCCAGCAUCACCACAGAAGGAGGCGCCCCAACCCUCCGUCUU